AUGCUGUGGGUAUUUGUGCUCCUUGUGCUGCUUGGAGCUCCUCUACCUGCUGCAGGACUAGAGAAGUUGCACCAACAGAGGAACAUCACCUGCUCCCAGGCUCUGAGCCAGUGCACCGUCAGUGAUACCGACUCGCUGGUGCUGCCAGGCGAUAAUGGGCCGGUGGAGGUUUCGGAACUCGACGCCACGGCGGCGUUCUGCUGCAGCGAGAGCCAAGAAUGCGUAACGUGUGUUCGGGUUCGAAUACGAAUCAACGUCCUGUCUGAUAAAGAGGGCACUGACAAGCAGGCGUCAGGAGAUUAUGACGACGAGGAUGAAGCCGCUAUAACAGUGCGUUACUCCUUCGGCCAGAACACUCAGUACAAGAGGAUUAGAUUCGCAGUGACCGCGGCUUCAUCUGAAAAUAAACGUGGGGAGGUCGCUGGAGUUGCUGAGGUGAUUCUGUUGGAGGAUCAGAACGCGUUCCUGGGUAGCAACGUGAACGUCUCAGUGCAGUCCACGUACAAAGUGGUCAAAUUUCCUUUAGAAGUGUGUCAUGACGCAGGUCUCGCCGAAUGUAAACCUCCCAGAAUCAGGAUCGAUCAGAUGGACGAGCGAAACGGUGUGCUGAGACUGAGAACGUACAGCGAGGAGGAAAAUCAGUCAGAUUCACUAAUCAUGUGUACCAAACUCCAGACCAACGGACAAUGUUCGGAGUUGAAGAACUGGACCCUCCCACUGCACACCAUUACGCCCUGCAUGUGUUUCCAGGCUUGGAGAAAGAGCUCUCUGUUUCGCUCUGAAGCCUGCCUCUUCGAAAAAUACACAGGAUUCAGACAGAACGUGAUAAAUAACGUGUCCCUCACCGUGAGACACUUUGAAACCAAUGAAGGACGUCCGGCGCUGAGUUGGGACCUGAGCGCCCCCUGCAGGGUGCAGGCUGAACUCUGGCUCUGCAGACUGGAUGGCGUUGGGUGCAAAGAAGUGCCCGGGUUCAGAACCAGGAGUAACAUCAGCACUUUGUGGAAGGAGAACAGCAGCAUGCUGUCGAUCUCAGGAACAUUCGACAACAUCCACUCCAGAGAUCCUCUGCUCCACUGUGUGAUGUAUAAGCUGGACGGAAAGACGUUUGGUCCUGUGUGCCAACAUAAAACCGUUAGGUGGCGCUGGAGCAGAAUUGCUCUCUCAGUGCUGUUGGUCCUCAUCCUGGCUGCGGUUGGAGCGUUUGUGAUCUGGAGAAGAACCAAAGUCUGGAUUUCCCAAUCAGACCCAACGCAUCAUUCUCAAGGUCAGUGUGGUAAGGUGUUGCUGAUUCACUCGUCGGGUUCGGACUCAGUACAAUCAGACAAAGUGAUCAGGUUUGCUGAGUUGUUGUCAGAGCUUGGUGUUUCUGUAUCUCUGGAUCUGUUGGACCAGAAAGCAGUGAGUGCCGUGGGUCCAACCCCGUGGCUGCACUCUCAGCUGCAGAACAUCCAUAUACAUAGUGAUAAGAUACUGCUGCUGCUCUCCCAUGAUCCUCUGCUCCGUACCAAGGAAUGCUGGGACAGCUGGAAGGCACAGAAGACUACAGAAAAGGUAACGGGAGAGGGCAGCAAGAUGAAGGAUAAAUGGAGCUCAGACGUUUUUGGCUCUGCCCUAAACUACAUUGUCCAUUCUCACCUGAAAGGCAGCGCUGAUGAGCGCUUUGCUUUGGUGCAGUUUGACUCAAAACAAUUGGACAUGCCGGAACCUCUUCAGAGUUUGAGGCUGUAUAAACUACCCUCAGACUCAAAGGAUCUCCUUGCUGACCUCCAAGCCAGGCACCAAGAGAACAUCGGGCCUCGGCUGAAGAGGUUUCUCUGGAUUUGCAGGGCGUCUGCCAGGUUGCAGAGGGGGCUGAUUGAUUAUGAAGAGCAGCGGUCAGCCACCAGGUCCACAACUACAAAAGUGAAAUUACUGAACAUGGACAGGAAGCAGAAGGAAGAGGAGAUAAUUCCUCUACGAACUGAACCUUAACAUGCAGAUAUCAAGCACACCAGCCCUGAACACAUCAGGUUUGUGUUUGAGGACAGCAGACUUUACCUACAUUAGCAAAUCACUGGCUUAUGUACCAGGUAUAUUUUCUUAGCUAAGAGAAAAAUUCCUUUUAAACUUUGUUUUGUUUGUGCAGAAAAGUCUUAGUAUAAUGUUAGUAUUUAUUUACAUAUCGACUAUUAAAGUGAAGUCUUACAGCUGCGUAAGCUAAUUAAUUUAGUUAGAUCAUUAAUUUUAUAACUUGUAGUCACUUUAAAUCCAAUGUUAAAGUUUACCUGACAGUCAUGGCAAACAAAACAUGUGCCAGUUAUUAACUAAACCAUAUAUCGUGAUCAUUUAUGCACUGUAUUGUUGUUGUACACACUUCAGCAUAUUACCACUAACUCUGGGUUUAAUUCCUCAUGCUGCCUGCUUUGAUAGACAGCGUUUUUACACAUUAUGCUCAUAUUUAUUUUACAGUCUUAACAGUCUUAAUAGUCUUUCUAACUAUUAAGGGGACAUUAUAUAACUUGGCAGUAUAAAACUAUGACUUAUGUAGUGUUCAUUAUCUACCUUAUUAUGCUGUGUAAAUGCAGAAUGAAGAGUGAUUUGUAGGAUCCCCCGGUGGAAUUCCCAGUGCUCUUGUGUAUGGGGUUUAUUUGAAGGAUGUACUUUACUUUCUCUCAAUGUGGAGAGCUGAGUGAAGUUUGGUAAUACACAAAUGUUCAGUCAAGGUUAUGACUGCAAAGUCGGGUGACUUAUUUAAACAGUGUUUUUAAAGGGUAUUGUGGCAGGAAAAACACAACAAAAUUACUGGACACACUGUCUUACAUACUAAAAAACUACUUCAGUUAUGGCACUGCUGGGUUUUCAGUUCUAAAAGUAAUGAUGAAGAAAAAAUA